UGCGCGGUGACCAAGAUGGUGCCCUGCGCCUCCCCUGCGCUCCUGGCUGCCGCUUCGGCCGCGCGCAGCUUGCGCGCCCCUCUCCGCCCGGGCCCGCGGUUCCUGCUGCUUUCCCGCGGCUGCUGCGGCGCCUCGCGCGCCCUCUGCGCGCCCGGAGGUAGCGGCGCCGGCGGCGGUGGCCGCGGAGAGCCCUCCGCGUCCUGGGCCUGGUACGAAGCUUUGUCGACCUCGGCGCCCGUGGCGUGGAUGGAGUCGAGCCUGGUGGCGCUGCAGGCCGCGUCCGGGCUGCCCUGGUGGGCCGCCGUGGUCGCCGCCAGCGCCCUCCUGCGCACCGGCGUCACCCUCCCGCUCGCCGCCCUGCAGAGCCGCGUCCUCGCCAAGCUGGAAAACCUGAAGCCUGAAAUCCACAGCCUAGCCAAGCACCUUCGCUAUGAAGUUUCCGUUUGUGCGAAACAGCGGAGUUGGUCUGAAAAGGAAGCCAGGUUCCAUUUCAAGAAGAAUCUGAAAAGGAUUGUUUCCGAGUUGUACGUGCGAGACAAUUGCCACCCUUUGAAGGCCACUUUGCUCGUAUGGAUUCAGAUUCCAAUGUGGAUCUUCGUUUCCAUGGCUUUGCGCAACUUCAGCAUCGGCAGAGCAGCUGCUGACGGGUUCUUAAUUCAGGAGCAACUUUCCACAGGAGGUGUCCUCUGGUUUCCAGACCUCACUGUACCUGACUCAACUUGGAUUCUGCCAAUCACGCUUGGACUCCUCAAUCUGCUGAUAGUGGAGAUUUUUGCUUUGCGGAAAACUGAACUGUCUCGGCUCCAGAGGUAUGGCACUAACUUCUUCCGAGGUGUCUCAGUGCUGAUGAUUCCAGUCGCUGCAACUGUACCAUCAGCAAUGGCUUUGUACUGGGUCUCCUCGAGUUUCAUGGGCCUUUCGCACAACCUCCUGCUUCGUUCUCCUGCUUUCCGUAGACUCUGCCGCAUACCCCGGACCAAGUCUGAUUCAGACACUCCUUACAGAGAUAUUGCUGCUGGAAUCUAUGCAAAGUAUUUCCCAAAGUGAAACACUCUUUCAGAAGACCUGUGCUAUGUUUAGAUUUGGAAUUGAGCUGUGCUCUGCUAUAAAAGACUUAUUUAAUGUGGCUCCAUUGGACUGAUGAGAAUUAUGACACCGUAUUUAUUUUCCUAAUAAAAGAGUACAUGUUGUUACAUUGGGAGGCCUUGUGGCUAAUAUGUUCGCAGAGUGGGGAAAUGUGUUGAUCCUUCACCACUACCAGUAAUAAUUUCACCUGUACAUUUUGUUCAGCUUCUAAAACAGGCACCCCCAACAUGCGGCCCUCCAGCUGUUUUUGGACUACAACUCCCAUCAUCCUUAGCUAACAGGACCAGUGGUCAGGAAUGAUGGGAAUUGUAGUCCAAAACAUCUGGAGGGUCAAAGGUUGGGGGUGCCUGUUCUAAAACAUUAUGCAUGCUUUCAGAUUGUUUUGGAUUUCUGAAAGUCCCUCUCUUUGUAUUAAUCUGCAUUUUAACAAACGCUGCACUGAAAUUCGUGAUUAGAUGCAUACUUAAGUUUGUAGCUUAUCUGCAUACAUAUUUAAAUACCUAUUUUAUCACAGUGUAUGCGUCUCUGUGUAUUCCCAAAACACACAUCUUUAAUCUUUUUCGAAUCGCUUUUUGAGAUGAGAGGUGUAUUGCAGAAUUUUGGGAUGUACAAAAUCUGAAGAACAAUUAUGUUGCAAUCCAUAUAUUAGAUGGGGAGAUGUGAAUUAAGUCAGUUCGUUGAAAAAACCCAGACAGAACAAGAUUCACAUCCAUCCUUAGAACCAGGCUGAGAAUGUCUCUCCACUAGCAAUCACAGUGCCUCCUAGCUAUAAUUCCUUUAGGGUGGUCUCUAAAUAAGCAAGACCACCUAAUAUUAUCUCAUGAUGCAGUUAUGAUGAAUUGGAAUAAACAAAAAAUAUUUCCUCUUGUACUCUUAUUAAUAAAAAAUGCCUGAUACACAAGAUAUCAAGGGUAGGAUCAAAUGCAUCCCCCCCCC